AUGAAUACUGGCAAUACUGAAACUUCAAGAGAACAACAACUAAAUAUAAGAAGAGAAGCUGCUGAGCAUCGCAAUGCCAACAUGACAACAACUCAGAGAGAAAAUAAAAAAAGGCAAUUUAGAGAAUCACAAGAACGAAAAAUGAAUUAUUCAUAUUCUUAUUGCAGUGCUUUGAAAUGGAUUGAUGAAAGAUGUGCAGCUUUAUCUAAGUCGUUAUUAAAAGAACUUCUUAUGAAUAAUGAUCCACAUUCACGAGAAUUUAAGCAAAAUAUAAGAGCUUAUAAUUCUGCUUUAGCUUUUACAUCUGUAGGUGCAAAAAUAGAUGAAAAUGAGCAACAAGAAUUAGAUGAUGAUGAUAUUAAUCAAAAAACUGUCACUAUAAUACAGUAUUAUUCCUAUCGACUUCAAGUAGGCAGAUUUAAUGAAAGAAUAAAUAUUCAUCUUUUUGGACAUCUUUUUCAACAGUAUAUAGUGGAUACUUAUACAAAUGUUAAGCAAAAACGACUUGGCUAUUUGUGGCAUAAUCAAAAAAAGAUUCAUGCAGAGCUUUAUAAUAGUUUGCACAAUGCUAUGGCUGUGCAAGAUGAAAUAUAUCAAAAUUUAUCUAUGACAAAUAUAGAUAAUGAAAAUUUGGAAGAAGUACUAAAGUGUGAAACUAUGGUAUAUGAUAAAAGAAAAAGAGAAUGGAAACCAAGACAAAGAGAGAAUACAAUCAGACGCAUGUAUUUUGUACAUCCUAGAGCAGGAGAGCAUUAUUACUUACGAAUGCUAUUAAAUACUAUGCGUGAAGCAACCUCUUUUGAAAAUCUUAGAACUAUUAAUGGAGUUAUAUAUGCUACAUUUAAAAAUACCUGUAGUGCUUUGAGCUUGCUUCAAGAUAAUUAUGAUUGA